AUGGCAGAGGCGACGGCUUCUGGGACCUCGACGGGGUUGACGUCGAGUCCGGUGGAGGUGAUUGCUGGAGAGAAGAAGCCUGCGACAUCGGCCAGGCGCGAUUACAAGGGAUUCGUGGCGGGAGUGUUUAGCGGGAUUGCAAAGCUGACGGUCGGCCAUCCCUUCGACACUGUCAAAGUCCGGCUUCAAACAACGCAGUCCUCGCGCUUCAGCGGCCCUCUCCAAUGCGUGCUGCAGACCAUCCGCAAUGAGGGCGUGACGGGCCUGUACAAGGGCGCCACGCCGCCUUUGGUCGGGUGGAUGUUUAUGGACUCGGUCAUGUUGGGAUCUUUGAAUGUCUACAGACGACUCAUGGCGCAGCAUGUCUUUCACGCAGAUUCGUGGACGCCAGGAGCUGGAUCAGGAUCAGGGUUCGGGCUUGGAAACCUGUCGUCAUCGCUCAGGUCAUUGGGGGCUGGACAGACAUCCAGAUCUUCCUCAUCAUCAUCAGAGCCGUCGUAUCUGCCCCCUGUUGGACACGGCAUCGCGGGCAUCAUGGCUGGCUCGACCGUCAGCUUCAUCGCCGCGCCCGUGGAGCACAUCAAGGCCCGCCUGCAGAUCCAGUACGCCGCGCGCAAGACCGAGCGCCUGUAUUCGGGCCCCCUCGACUGCGUGCGCAAGAUCUACGCCCACCACGGCGUGCGCGGCGUCUACCACGGCCUGUCCGCCACGCUGCUCUUCCGCAGCUUCUUCUUCUUCUGGUGGGGCAGCUACGACGUGCUGUCGCGGGCCCUGCGCAAGAACACGAGCCUGAGCAACCCGGCCAUCAACUUCUGGGCGGGCGGCCUGAGCGCGCAGGUGUUUUGGCUGACGAGCUACCCGAGCGAUCUUGUCAAGCAGCGCAUCAUGACGGAUUCGCUUGGUGGCGGGCUGGGCGAUGGCGAGAAGCGGUUUGGCAGGUGGCGGGAUGCGGCUGUGACGGUGUAUCGCGAGUCUGGGUGGAGGGGAUACUGGAGGGGAUUCUUGCCGUGCUUUUUGAGGGCGUUUCCGGCGAAUGCGAUGGCGUUGGUGGCUUUUGAGGGCGUGAUGAGGACUUUGCCGUGA